GUGGCUUGUUACUCGUUUAGCGUCUCAGAUGCAGCCAGCGACUGUCUGAGAUAUAGACAGAGACUGCCUGAGAUACAGAGACUGCCUGAGCUAAAGCUAGUGACUGCCUGAGCUACAGUCAGAUAUUGUCUGAGCUACAGCCAGAGACUGCCUGAGCUCCAGCCAGUGCCCAUCUCUGAGUGGAGUCACAGGGCAUGGCGAGUGCGGCUUCCAGUGGUAGCGAGGCUCCAGGGGAGUUGACCUGCCCCAUCUGCCUGGACGCCUUCCGCUGCCCCUGCACGCUCAGCUGCGGCCACUCGUUCUGCCUCAAGUGCGUGGAGGGCGCCUGGGAUGUGACUAAGUCCUUCUCCUGCCCACAGUGCCGAGUGACCUUCCCUCGGAGGCCCAAGCUGAGCAAGAACGUGACGCUCACCAACCUCAUCGAGCAGCUGCGAGUGGCUGAGCCCGUGGCUGCCGAUGCUGCUGCUUCUACUGUUUGCUGCGAUCAUUGCAGGAAGCCCGCAGUGAAGACCUGCCUCAAGUGUGAGACGUCGUUCUGUAUGACCCACGUCGCGCCCCACCUAAAGCUGGCAAAGUUUAGUGACCACGUCCUGGUGUCGCCCGGUGUGAACCUGGAGAAUCGACGGUGCGCGGAGCACGGAGACGAGUACCGCUUCUACUGCGUUAACGACGGACUCCUCGUCUGCAGGGACUGCACCGUCACUGUGGAUCAUCGAGGGCACGAGCUCGUCACUCUGAAGGUGGAGCACGACAAAAGAAAGAAACAAGUGGGAGAGGAGACGCGGGCUGUGGAGGAGAAAAGGAAGGAGGCGGAGGAGUCCGUGAGGCGGAUGGAGGCCGCUCGUAGGGAUGUGCAGAUCUCCUCGGAUCUCAGGACGAUGACGCUGAAAGCUGCCUCCCAGGGUCGCCCCGAUCAUCCACACCGGUUUGAUGGCUGUGCACAAGCCCUGUGCUGUGAGAGCUUCUCGUCGGGCCACCACUACUGGGAGGUGGACGUGAGGGGCUCGUCGCUGUGGCGGGUUGGAGUCGCGUACGGGACGAUCUCACGGAAAGGGAGUAGUGAUGCUACACAGCGGCUGGGAGGGAGCGAUGCGUCCUGGUGUUUAGAGAAAUUUGGCGACAACUUAUCAGUGGUUCAUGGUGGAGUGAAGACUGCACUGUCGGUGAAGGGGGCCCCCUCCCCCCGCAGAAUCGGGCUUCACCUGCACUGGGAGGGGGGGCUCCUGGCGUUUUACCGCGCCGACUCCAUGGAGGUGAUUCACGAGGUUCGGCAGAGAUUCUCGCAGCCUCUCUACCCUGGGAUGUGGGUGAGGUGUUUGAAUGAUCGAUUGAAGAUCGUGGAUCUGAGUCGUGCAUCCUGAGGAUGAAGAGAGAUAGAAACCCAAGAAACCAAGAUAGAAACCCAAUAAACGGUGGAGAGGGGGGAUGGUGAGGAGAGGGCGAAGUGAGAGUGAGGGGAAGGUGGAACGGAGGGUGAGGUAAGGUUCAAGUUCAUUUAUUAGGUAUAGCCCUGUGAGACAUUCGGCUCUUGAAUCGGGUGCAACUGCAACAAACAAAAAACAAACAAAAAUAACAAAAACAUCUUAAAGUGAAUACGUGACUGAGUGCAAACAGAAAUCCAAGAAAAGACAGCAAAACAUUGCAGAAUAAAAUCACCGUACACCAACGCUGUGUGGAAAAAUCCCAGUGGGAUGCAAGUCAAACCAACAACAACCACAAGACAACUUAGAUUAAGGCCAUCAGUCUAACUCUAUACUACAACAAACAAACAUGGCUAAACCAAUAGACUUUUCGAAAUCACCAAAAUAAAGCAAUGAAACAGUGAUCAUAGGAACUGUGACGGAAUUUUCACAAUAAAUGGCAUAAACAACAUGUAACCCAAUAAACGGUGGAGAGGAGGGAUAGUGAGGAGAGGGUGAA